AUGACAGAGACAGAUCCCAAUCCUGACCUUCUCCUAUCGUCGUUGGAAGCCAGUCCUUCAAAGCUCUCGACGACUCAAAUACAAUACGCUCAGCCAAUUCCUGAUAGUCGCCAUGGAGCAUCUGCCCGUCGGACUGCUGACGAACGUGACAAUGGCCCCGAGGGAAAGAAGCUUCAAUUCUGGAUUGAUCGUAAAGUCACAUUGGCCUUCUUCCCACUGUGCUUAUUGACUUUGAUGGUAGCACUCGAAGCUGCCUCUCUGUCAAUUGCACUUCCGGUUGUUACUGAAGAGUUAGGUGGCUCGGCCAUUGAGGCCUUCUGGAGCGGAACCUCAUUUGUCUUGUGUUCUGCCUGUUGCCAGCUAAUAUUUACAUCUCUAUCAAGUGCUUUUGGUCGCCAACUUUUGAUAGUCAUUGCUGUCAUCUUUUUCCUCGUGGGGACUAUCGUGUCUGGAGUAGCGACAAACUUCACCCAGAUGCUGGUGGGCCGCUCCAUUCAGGGAACCGGCGGGGGUGGUAUUAUUGCACUAAGUGAGGUAUCUGUCACUGACAUGGUCCCGUUCCGACUGCGAGGUGCAUACUGGGGUGUUCUGGGAUCAAUGUGGAGCGUCGGAUCUGUGAUCGGACCUAUAAUGGGAGGUGGUUUCUCAACGAAUUCGGACUGGCGAUGGAUCUUUUAUAUCAAUAUUCCGUUUGCAGCUCUGUCAAUCCCGCUAAUAGUAAUAUACUUGAAAAUCAAGACCAAGAAGACGACCAGGCGCGAGAAGCUCAAAAAUUUUGAUACGGUCGGAUUAGUCCUCUUCGUAUGCAGUACUGCAUCUUUCUUGGUGGCUCUCAGCUGGGGCGGAGUGAUGUAUGUCUGGCAUUCUUGGAGGGUGUUAGUACCUUUGAUCAUUGGGACUAUUGGCAUCAUCGGGGUGAUGGGCUACGAGACCCAUAUCCCCAAAGACCCAAUUUUGCAAGUGUCAGGGAUUGAUAACCACUCUUUAUUAAUCAAUUAUAUUGGCACGGUGUUGCAAGGGCUUACACUCUGGUGUAUCCUGUAUUAUCUUCCCCUUUAUGGGGAAGCAGUUCAUGGAUUCAAGCCUCUUCCUGCCGGGGUUGCAGCUCUACCACUUGCCUUUGCCAUUGCGCCGAGCGCUUGCGCGUCGGGGAUUAUUGCGGUGGUAUCGGGGCGCUACCGCAUUCUCAUCUGGAUCGGUUGGGCCGUCGCUACACUAGGCUUCGGUGUCCUCUGCUAUUUUAAUAGGACAACGAAGGGGGCUAUUUGGAUCUCUCUUAUCGCAAUCCCAGGCCUAGGCCUAGGUGCACUUGUGACAAGUAUCGCGUAUGCCAUUCAGGCUUGCUCGGAGAGUCGCCAUUUAGCUACUGCAACUGCGCUUUUCAGCUUCUUUCGUGCAUUUGGGCAGUCGCUGGGUGUAGCCAUUGGCGGCGUGAUCUUUCAGAAUCGUAUGGAGGCAAACUUGCAGAAGUACCCGGCGUUGGCACCUAUGGCAAAGAAGAUAAGCCACAAUGCGGUUGUAUUGGUGGGAAAGAUACAGACGGCACCAGCAUCGCAGAACAAGGAUGAUCUCCGCCAAGCGUACACAGACAGCCUGCGGGCUGUCUGGAUUUUCUGCUGCGUCUGCACAGCUGUUGGGGGUAUUCUGAGUCUCUUCACGAAGGAGUAUAGUAUUGAUCAAACACAUGAUACGGACCAAGGGCUUGAAGAGUAA